CAUCCAUAUCAAAUUUAAGAAAUGGGAAAACCUAUAGGAGCAGAGCAUAAACUUAUUGAGCAAACUCUUGUGUUUCCUGCAACAAGAACAGCAACAACUACUUAUCUUCCUCUCACAUUUCUUGACUUGCAUUUUGCUGGUCCAAUCUACGCUAAACGCUUAUUCUUCUAUCCUUUUCCUCAUUCUACCAACCAUUUUUGCAAAACAACACUUCCAUCUCUCAAACAGUCUCUUUCAUGUGCUCUUCAACAUUUUUUCCCUCUUGCUGGAAAUCUCAUUUCUCCACCACCACCACAAAAACCUUUUAUUCGCUGCACCGAAGAAGACUCCGUCUUCUUCACCAUCGUUGAAUCCUCGUCAGAUUUCAACCAUCUCUCAAACAAACACCACCUGAAAAAUCUCAAAGAAAAUAAUCACCUUGCUCCAAUAUUAACACACAAAACUAGGGUUGAAGAUAUUAAUGACAUUGAAAAUGACACAUUCACUCUUCCAUUGUUGGCUUUGCAAGUCUCAGUUUUUCCCAACCAUGGUGUUUGCAUUGGCAUUACAUAUUGCCACGUGAUGGAUGGUAACAGUUGCAAUCAUUUCAUGAAAUCUUGGUCUUUUAUCCAUCAAGGAGGUGAUGCAGCUGAAUUGAAGUCACUACCUUGUUUUGAUAGAGAAGUUUUGAAGGACCCUAGAGGACUUGAGGAUCUUAUUUUAAGAGAUUAUUUUUUUACAAGAAAAUCAUGGAAGUUUAGACUCAUUGCUCAAAGUCAAAGCACUGGAGAACAUGAAGAUUCUUUUAAGGUAAUUAUUGCUUUUGGAAAAGAAGAAAUUGAGGGGAUGAAAAAAUGGGUGCUGAAUCAAUGGAAGAAAAAUGAUAAUAAUGAAAUCAACGUGCCAAAAUUUAUAUCUAAAUUUGUUGUAACUUCUGCUUUUGUUUGGGCUAGUAUGGUUGAAGCAAUGCAUAAAAAUGAUGAUGGUGGUGAUGAUGAUGAUGAAAAAGAUGAGUACUUUUGUUUCACAUGUGAUUGCAGAGAUAGACUUGGGUACUCAAUACCAGAGGGGUAUUUUGGGAACUGUGUAGUGUCUAAAAGUGCAACCAUGAAGAGAAAGGAUAUGAAGGGAAUAGAUAGUUUUGUUGAUGUUGUUAAGGUAAUUGAAAAGGCUGUUAAUGAGAUAAAAAAUGAACCUCUUAAAAAAUUAGAAGACUGGUUUGAAUUAAGUAAAACUAUGUAUAUGUCUGGAAAUCAAUUGUUUCUGCAUGGGUCACCUAAGUUUAAUGUUUAUGAGACCAAUUUUGGAUUUGGAAAACCUGUUAAAGUUGAGAUGGUGCAUGCAUUUAAGGGUGUGUCUCUUGCUGAAAGUGGAGAUGGAGAAGGUGGACUUGAGUUUGGGUUGGUACUUAAAAGUGAGGAGUUUGAAUAUUUCUCUUCUCUUAUUCAACAAGGACUUGAAGUUUUUAAAUAUUAGUAACAAAGAUGCUACAAUUAUCAUUUAAUUAGUUUGUGCUUGUUUUUUGUGCUUUUCGUUAAAAUAAAAUGUGUGUGGCUUGUUAGUGUUUUUUCUCUCAUUAUUAAAUAAUUCGAUCAUUAGUAUAA